AUGGUAUUGCGCUUUAUAUUACGAUACCUGGCUAACAACGAGCAGAUAAUACAACGUAUGGCAGAUAGCUAUAUCAUGCGUCGAGCUGCUCAGUUUCUUGUGGGUGCUUAUUAUCGCACCCGAACAAUUGCUCAAGAACAGAAAUUGAUGGAAAUGUCAGAGAACUUCAAACGUAUGUUAGAUACAUUCAAGAACAAAAUCAAUCAGGAAAUUGAAGCGGCUAAAAAACACACGAAAAAACGUAAGUGAAGGCUUGCAUCAAUUAGAAAUUGAUCAAUAAACUGGUGCUAUAGAACAGACCAAA